AUGGCAAGACAUCAUCCUGAUCUGAUAUUCUGCCGAAAGCAACCUGGUAUAGCCAUUGGAAGACUAUGUGAGAAAUGUGAUGGUCACUGCGUGAUUUGUGACAGUUAUGUGCGUCCUGCAACAUUAGUUCGUAUAUGUGAUGAAUGCAACUUUGGCUCAUUUCAAGGACGCUGUGUCAUUUGUGGAGGACCAGGCGUGUCUGAUGCAUAUUACUGUGUUAAUUGUACACGAUUAGAAAAAGAUCGUGACGGAUGUCCCAAGAUUAUCAACCUUGGUUCUUCAAAAACAGACUUGUUUUAUGAACGGAAAAAGUUUGGAUUCAAAAAGAGAUAA